AAAAAAACCUUGGUUCCAAUUUCCCCGUCUUCCCUUUUCGCCCAAUUUUUUUUUAUCGAAUGAGUUUCUCAUCUACAGGCGCUUUUUAUACCCCAACAGGAACAACCAUGGUACCUCCUUUCUAUAAUACCACAUUCUCUGACAUCCCACAAUUGGCACCGACUUUAGCGCGCCCUUAUCGAAAAAGAGGAUCAUGUGUGAUGCCUUCCGUAUCCGAGGAUACAGAAUUGGAAUCCGGUAAUAUGGUUCAGUCUAACCACACGAUCGUGUCUGACCCUGGUCGUCCACCACGACGUCCUCACCGUCGACAGAAACGACGCUCGUUGGCGACGCCCAAUGACGAUAACAUCCCGCUGGCCAUGCUGGCUUACCGAAAAGGGUAUACACCGUUCAUGAAAGAGCCCGCUGCUCCAUCUGCAUCUGUGGCGUCGGUCCAGGUUAGGAAAAAGGGCAUUGCAGAUCGUCUUUCCACUUCAGGCUCCAGUUCCAGUUCCUGCAGGAACACAGCCACAUCCACUCUCUGCUCUCCGACAGAGAAAACCGGCGCCACGAUUCAAAAAAGCAAGCCAACCACUGGUGGGAUGGCAGUACCGGAAUUGGAAGCCGAACAAGUAAAACUCGAAGAGCCUCCCCUUUUCCAUCGACUGAAACGAUGGUUUGCUCUCCACCGACAGCAGGACUAAGAGACCUCAGCAGAAAUCCCUUAAUCACGUCAAAUCUGUCAUUCCCCAGUUAUGAAUUUGUCACACCCGAUGUGCAGCAUUGGUUGUUUAUCUUUUCGAUUUUUUGGCAAUUUUCCUUAUGUAUAAAAAAUUACACUAUAAAGUGGACCUUAAUGAACCCAGAGAAUAGUCUAUGUUUGACAAUAAUGAACAUCAUGAUUAAACGUAACCCGAGGGCAAUUCCGUAGCUCACACGGUCUUCAUUGUCAAACUGAACUAUCAUUUAUAGCUAGUGGUUUUUUUUUUAUCUCGCUUGCUUUCUUACUACCUUGUUUUGAUU